AUUCAGGCCCGUGCCGUUGCUCCUCGUCCUCGAACUAGACCUGUCAAGAACAGAUGGAAAACCAGACCCAAAUUUAGGGCAAGGACUCCUCCCAGAAAAGUUACUAGUAGACCUUCAACUAAAUCUUGGCUUCCAUUCAAGAGCAAAGUUCUUCGUAAACCCAGCACUACCAGGAAAUUUCCUAGCGGACCUCCGCCUAAAACUCGGCUGCCAUCCGAGAGCAUAGCUCUUCCCAAAACUGGCACUACCAGAAAAUUAGAAACAGCGAGAAGAUUCCGUAAGCCUCCAAAGAAGACAAGAAGAAAACCAUUCUUAUGGAGACCGAAGAGUGGAAAUAGAAAAAAAUCGCCGCUUAGUUCCCCUCGCAACCGACCUAAUCGCAGUUUAAGCCCACAGGGCAGGAUAGAAAAACCUCGAAGAACUACAGGCUCAAGACGAGUUGUCAAAUCUACUAAUCCCCUUAGUAUCAGGAAAAAAAACAAAAGCAGAAAAAAACAUCGGUCGAAGAAAGUAGUUCAGAAUGUUCCUGAUUCAUUGAAACCUGUACAAGAUCCUUCAUCCUCUCUGCAUGUAGUCCCAUCCGUAAGGGGUCCACUAAAUGGGGGUCAGAGAAAUCCAACGUCGUCCGAUGACCCUUCACCACCCCAAACAGAUCCAGGUGCACCACGGCAACCAGACGCGAUUCCUAGAAACUCGGCAUCAUCCAAUGAUCCUCCAAAUGUACCUCCGUCGAAUCUGAACCCAGCGUACCCACCCUCACCACAGACAGCCCCGCUAGUGCCGCCUCAACCUAAUAGAAUGCAGGAAAGCAGUAACCACAAUGGAGGACAAGACCCUUCUGCAUCAGUUUCUAAUAAUCAAAUAUCAUCUCAUCUAGAACAGGAAAACGCCCAACCUCUAGUAACUGGCCAGGAUUCUUCUCGUGAUUUAGAGAUAAUCCAAUCUCAAGGUGAACAAGAAGCAAAUCAAAUUCAACCUACCAGAAGACGAAGGACGUCAAGAAGUCGACCAAGUCGAUCAAGAGAGAUACAAAACCAUCACAGCGCCACACAUAGGUCUCCGUCUCAGGAUGAACAGGCCACGGAAGAACAAUAUGAAGAAGAAGUUGAAGAGGCCGAGGUUAUCGCUCGCGAGAUGCCUAGUAAUAGAGCUCCGAGUAAUAGACAGAGUAAAUUGUUUCAUAUGUCUGAUCUAGUUUUUUCAACUAUAAACUCCGCUUUACCCCACCUGCUUGGUAAUGCCGAAAUGAGAAGAACUAGAAACCCUGACAUGGAAGAUAUGGCCAAUGGCAUGAUGGGUAGAGACGAUUACCCUGGAGAAAUGGGAGGUCCACCUGGAGAAAUGAGAGGUCUAUCCGAAGAAGAGAAUUUAUAUGCAAAUCAAGGCGGACCUGAUUUGGAUCCAAAUGAAGGCAUAAGAGAUCCUAGGGCUCGUAGACCUGGGAGCAGUCCAUUUGAUGGCGGUAGAAAUAUUCGAAAUAAUCCUAUGAAUACACUUAUGCGUCCCGGAAAUAUCAGACCGCAAAAUGGCAUUAGAUCUAGACCUAAUAAUCCACCCUCCGAUGAUAAUGAGCAAGAAAAUUACGAAGAAGACACUGAUGAACCCCCUCCGGAUCCUAGAUUGACACAUGCUCCACCAGACAGCGCAAAUCCCAGGGAACCAGACAGAACUAGAAUAGCACAUAAUAGUCAUUCUGACGUGGAUGGCCAGAAAACUAAAGAUCUUUCCAGAAAGGAAGCUUCUAAUAAAACUAUUGGGAAAUCUGACAAAAAAGACAACAAAUCCGCUAAAGAUCAUGACGAUGAUGAUGAUGACGAUGAUCUCGAGAAUACUUAUGAAGAACAAGAAGAUGACAAUUCUGAAGACUCCUCUGAAACCAAUUCCGAGGCUGACCCUGAACCUGGCCAUGAGAGCAAACAUAAAGAUGGUCGCAAAACCAAUUAUAAAGCUGAUAGCGAAACUCAUCAUGAUACCUCAAGCGAUAUGCAUAUCGAGGAAAAUUCCAAAGUUGACCGCGAAAUCCAUCAAAACCCCUUGAAUGGUACACUUAUCGAGGGGAUUUCUAAUUCUACUCACGAAAUCAAAAACACUACUCAUCUUGAAGCUCACCCAGACAUGUCUACCGAUAUGGAUCCUGAAUUUAAUGGGACAACCGAUCACAAAGCCCUUGAAAAAACACCUAUUGAUGCGCAAGGUGAAAAAGGUCAUAAUGCAAAUCACGAAACCAACUCAGAAAACAUUUCUGGUAAUAAUUUGAUAAGUAACGAAGCAAAUUCCGCCAAUAACACUAGGGAUAGCCUAUCUGAAGCAAUGGAGAUCGAUACUGAAGAAGGGUUGAACUCAACCUAA